AUCAGCUCCAAGCUUGCGCCGUCGUCGCCGCCGCGACCCACCACCGCCAUCAUGGACCACGGACAACGGAAUCCCAAUAACAUCUUCGACUUUACUGCGCCGGCUACAAUGAAUCCGGUGAGUGAUAAUGACAACCGCCGAUCAGAACGACAUGAUGGCGCUCUAUGAUGGUUCCAUGUUCACAAACUUCGAUACCAUGCAAAUGAAUCUCGAUGGUCUUAACGAUAUGACAGCUGCUCCGCCGCAGCAAUUCCCACCCAUCCCGGCCACUGCAAAUUCUCAGGCCGUGCUCAUCCCAAAUGACGCUGCACAAUUUGCACCUAACGCAGGCGACAGUCCGGUUCCGCCGCCACCGACGGGACUGACGCCGAGCUUCCCUGCUCCCGCACAGCCUACAACUACUGUACAGGGAGGUAGCACUUUGACCGAGUUUACCAAGAGGAGGAAUUGGCCUGCAAAGGUUGUCGAGGAGCUCAAAGACUUUUUGCAGAUUUUAGAUGCGCAUGGAAGAAUUAAAUAUGCAUCGCCCAGUGUUACGUCCUUGACUGGUUAUGAAUCUGAUGAGCUCAUCGACCGAUUUGUCAAGGAUCUAAUCCAUCCUGAUGAUGUUGGGACAUUUACUUCUGAUAUGAACGAAUCUAUAGCUACCGGGAAUCCACUACGUAUGUUCUAUCGCCUGAAAAAGAAAGACAGUACCUACGCCAUAUUCGAAUCUGUUGGACAUGCCCAUAUCGCCGCAGCCAAGUUCGCGCCGAACCCAGAGAACCAAUCUCCGUUCUGUCAAGCAGUUUUUAUGAUGUCGCGACCGUAUCCAACCAAGAAUGCAUCGUUGCUGGAUUCGUUUCUCGAACACAAGAUAGAAAAUGAGCGGUUAAGACGCCGAAUCGCGGAGCUUCGGAGAGAAGAAGAAGAGGAGGAAGCCUCUCAGCAAAGCUGGCUUGCGAGUCAAGAGGGCCGAUCAGACAUCGCCGCAUCAGAGGAUACUAUGUUGACGUCCUCUCAGAGUCCUGCAGUGUUCAACCAACCUAUAGACUCUCAAGCUAUGCCGCCUCCCGAAAGACCGACCCCGCUCAAUGUGGCAUUGACAAGGGAAAAUCUCGAAGGUGUUACUGCAGGUAACCGACCCGACUCUAUUCGCGAUAAGAUGGCGAGAUACGAGGGUGCCUCACACACCGACACGAUCGAAAUGUUGACCGGUCUGAGAUAUGUCGAGGGAGAGCGUAGCCGGGGCAUCACCACCGGAAAUUCUAGCCCAACUCUAAUUAAGGGUGAUGUUGGCAUUGCGAUCCCGAUCGACAGAGACCCCAGGACAGGAGAGAAGAAGAAAAAGCUGAAAGUGGCAGAGGAAUAUGUCUGCACUGACUGCGGCACAUUGGAUUCUCCCGAAUGGAGAAAAGGGCCAUCAGGUCCUAAAACUCUUUGCAACGCUUGCGGUCUUCGCUGGGCCAAGAAAGAAAAGAAGAAGAAUGCCAGCGGAGGUCACGCGAGCAAUGCAGGUCCACCACAUAUGGUAGUGGAUCAACACUGAAUUUCCCUACAGUUCGAGCGGUUGUCAUACCAAGUAUAACCGGUGUAUAGACAGACCUUGGUGGGUGUAAGGCGUAUAGGAAUUUUCCUGAGGUAGACGAUGUGCUUUAUGCUAUGAAAUAUUACAAAUCUAUCGGGCUAGGCAUGGUGUUAGGACUAAAAUACGGUGCGUCGGGUUCUACGGGUGGGCUAAUACACAUGGCCUACUUUUACAUCUUCCUUCGAUUCCUCGAGAUACCUGGGAAAGGAAUACGGCUUGGCUGGGCUUUUCACGGGAAUAUCUCAC